AAUGCGUUCAAAUCCCUAGUUUUGGCGAGGGACUCACUUGUCGAAUACAAGAAGUGCAUAAUUACCGUUUACAUUCUCUUCUCCGUGUGAAGUUCCCUAUUGAACUACAAUACUUGGAACCCGCGGAGGCGCGGACAUUCCAGCUUACACACUGCUCUGUGUGAUAUCGGAAAGUAGUUGGAGGAAGCAAAGACUAGAAGAGGAUGGGGAAGAAAACGAAGAAGCCCGGGAAAGGCAAAGAGAAGACAGAAAGGAAAACAGCGAAAGCAGAGGAGAAGAAAGCUCGGAGGGAGAGUAAAAAAGUCUCUCAAGAAGAUGACAUUGAUGCCAUCCUGAUGAGCAUACAGAAAGAGGAAGCCAAAAAGAAGGAAGUCCACGUCGAGGAAAACGUACCGGCGCCAUCCCCUCGAUCAAACUGUUCGAUGAACAUUAAUCCCUUGAAAGAUACGGAACUGAUUUUGUAUGGGGGUGAAUUCUACAAUGGUAACAAGACAUCUGUUUAUGGUGAUCUUUACCGUUAUGAUGUGGAGAAGCAGGAGUGGAAGUUGGUAUCGAGCCCUAACAGUCCACCACCUCGUAGUGCACAUCAGGCUGUUGCUUGGAAGAAUUAUAUUUAUACUUUUGGUGGUGAGUUUACAUCUCCAAAUCAAGAGCGGUUUCAUCAUUAUAAGGACUUUUGGAUGUUAGACCUGAAAACAAAUCAGUGGGAACAGCUAAAUUUGAAAGGGUGUCCAAGUCCGCGUUCUGGUCAUCGUAUGGUACUAUACAAGCAUAAGAUAAUUGUUUUUGGUGGCUUCUAUGAUACUCUUAGAGAAGUAAGGUAUUUUAAUGAUCUGCAUGUAUUUGAUCUGGAUCAAUUCAAGUGGCAAGAAAUUAAACCCACGCCUGGCUGCAUGUGGCCAAGUGCUAGGAGUGGUUUCCAGUUUUUUGUCUACCAAGAUGAGAUUAAAAAAAAAGAAAAAGGAUUAUUGGAGGAUUCUCUGUUGUGGAAUUGAAGAAGCUAAAGGUUAUUUUAUAUCUUAAAUAUUUUGGUAAGUUUGUAUAUUUAUUUAUCUUCUGCUAUCCAGUUGGAAAUCUGUUGUGAAUACUGUGCAUACAUUAGUACUUCACUUUUUGCUCUUAUUUGACUAAAAUUGUAUGAAAAGUUUUGUUGCAUGUAUCCUAUGUUUUGGCCACUUUUGUAGUUUAUAGCAUUCCCAAAUUUGCUUCUCACUGUGCAUUGCUAUUAUGUUUUUUCUGAUUGGUUUUUAUUAGAGACCGUUUGACCUAUAUAUAAUAACCUGAUUUAGUAAUAAUAACCUUGUUUUGUCGUUAAGAAACUCCAGUCUUAAUUUUGGGUCUGGGGUGUGAAAUUCGUACCUGAAUACCUCAUUAUUUAAUGAAAUUUCCCAUUUUUGCAAAAUUGAUGAUUUUAUAGCUUUCAUAUAUAAACAUAACUGUAAACCAUCCAGGUGCUUUUGUACAAUGUACAUACAAUUUCAGACUCAGGUGUUAAAACUCUAAAUUUUUUUUGUCUCAUUGCUGCAAAAACAAGCCUUUUAUAAAGGUUAAGCAAUAAAUAUGCUUUUUAUAUAGUCUGGCUUCACCUUGGAGAGUUCCUCAUUAUUGUCUUUCAACGGUGUCAGAAUUGACUGCUCCUUUAUCUUCUUCAGUACGCGAUGCUGCUGAGUCAACUAUUCCUUCCUGUUUUAUUACGGGAACCAAGUUGGUCUUCAUAAUACUUGCACAUUCUUGCAGGCCAUCAAGCUUGGAACACGUAGUUGACAUAAAUGCUCCAUUAUUUCAGCAACCUCUAAAUUAUUAGCUACUAGUUCUGCCUAAAAUGUUCACCCUAUUUCAUUGUCUUUGGCUACGACUAAUUCUUCUCUGAUCUGUAUUCUUUGGCAUUUUUAAAGCUCAAAUCUGUGUUUAUCCUAUGGUGCCAUAUAUGUAAACAAGAAAACACUUUCACAGAAGGGGAUAUUGGAUGUUGGUAAAAUGAUAGAAUUUUUGUUGAAUUGUUUGACCCUGAUCUGUUUAGUCCAAACCAUUAAGUAGUGCAUUUUUUUUUCUUUCAAAAUUUAAAUUUGUUUAAAUUUAUUAACCAGUAACUAAGUUGGAAGAUGAUAAAUUAUCAAGGUCGUACACUUCUAGAAUUUUCCUGUGAUUUCCAAAGGUUGAAAUAAUCUACUUGAGUUGGCAAUGAAUAUCAUGCAAAACCUUAUGUUUGAAGCUUGGCAGGUAAGUGAAGGAAAGGAAAAUUAGGGCCCCACAUCCCAGGGGAAGUAAAUUGUAAUGUGUAUAUAUGUAUAUAUUAAGUUAUUUACCAUAGACCAUCUUCUUCUUCCAAUCACAGUCUCACCUGUGAAAUUUUUUUCUUUUCUUCUUCCCCAAUUCUGGUCUCAGAUAGUCCUUGCCCCCUGUUUCUCUCUUGCUCCCCUCCCCCAUAUCAGUCUCCCUUGGUUUUCUUCUUCCCUGAUUGUGUCUUCAGAAUGAACAGAGCUGCACAUCUGCCACCACCACCACCACUAACACCCCAGUCUCCCCUCUUUCCAUGACAUCUAAAGAGUCAAUGAGUGAUGAGCACAUUUAUGUGUGAAAUCUAGGGUAGUAAAACAUACAUUUUACAUAUUUAGAAUGGAGCUACCUUGG